AUGAAACAAAAUAGUUUUUCUUCUGAAGAAACCAUUUCCCUUUCCAACUUUAAAGUAUCCUUCUUGGACCGAAAAGUACCUUUGCUCAUAUUAAUAACUGCGAUAAUACUAAUUGCUUUAAUUGCUGUAAGCAUUUAUGCAGUUUAUAUUUCAUUAUUCCUUAAUGGCUACAUACGUAUAUCCAAAGAAUCAAAUGUGGAAAUCAGCUGCGGUAUCAUAAAAGGCUUUAUUAGUCAUGAUAUCGUGCAGUACCUAGGAGUUCCUUAUGCUCUUCCACCUGUUGGGGAGCGUCGAUUUCAUAAGCCUGUUGAACUCACUACAAAGGCCUUGUGUAUGGAGGCAUGGAAUGCACCGCAGCAUCAGCACACACCUGUUCUUGAUGCCUUCACAUAUCGCAACGUGUGCAUGCAGCUUCUACCGAUAUCAAAUGAAAUAAUUGGCAGCGAGGACUGUCUGUAUCUUAAUAUUUUUGUUCCUCGUACUCAUAAGCCAGAAGAACUGCACCCUGUUAUUUUUAUAAUUGGUGGUUUCUUUUUCAAUUACGGAGGAUCAUUCAAUGGAUCGACCUUCCUACAUCAUCCUGACCCCAAAACUGUUGUCGAUUUGAAUGCUAUACAAAUCACGUCAAAUUACAGGUUAGGACCCUUUGGGUUCUUAACUCAUCCAUCUACAAAGGUGGCGAACAUUGGCGUUCGAGAUCAGCUGGCUGCUCUUCGAUGGGUGCGAUCUAACAUUCGCUACUUUGGUGGAGAUCCACUCAAAAUAACCAUUUUUUCUUAUGGAUCUGGUGCGACAGUAUCGCUAGCCCUACUUGGGUCACCCUUAGCUCAAAAUCUAUUUGAAAAGGCUUGGAUUAGUGCACCUGCUCUGAGUAAGCCAGAAAUAACGCUCGAUUCAGCUAUCAGUGCGUCUAAAAAUGUCUUUAAAUGCGAACACACGGAAUGCGAUCAGAAAGGAGAAGAGAUUCUGCUUCUUUGGAAUUGGACCAUUGUUGAACCUUGGAUAGAGCAAUUAUUUACGCUCCCAUCCACAUCAAAUAUUUAUUGUCUUCCCGGAUUGCCCUGUAAUGGCGGGAUUUUGGUAAUAGAUGAUGAUGUAAUCACUGAUGAAUCGUGGGAUUCUCCGCUUUCUCCAAUUCCCAUCGUAGUUGGUCAAAAUUCGCACGAAGCUGAAGCAUAUCUCUUCCCCAACACCGUGCAUCUUUGGAACUUUGCUCUUAUGUCAGACUACAUCAAAAGCAUUCUUGGAGAAAACAGCACGGAGUUCAAACUAAUUCAUGACUACUAUCUUUUGAAUAAUACAGAUACAGGAAUCAAGUUCCAAAAUCACUCCUUGAAUGCACCAAGUGUUGUGGACACAUAUUCUCAGAUUGUUACCGAUAUUCGAGUCACAUGUCCUUUGCAAUCGUAUGCACAAUCCCUUCGGAGUGUGCAGCCCAUUUUGAGGUACUACAUUCGCAGUCAACAUGCUCAUUUUAAUCCCUAUGGUUUGGACUCCUUCGUUUCAUUUGCAUUUCAUGGUUGGGAUGCAUUUCUAUUCUUCAAAAUAUACCGUUAUCACUCCGACUAUAUCUACGCUGUAAACAAAUCCAUUCUUUCCGAUAAGUCACUUGAGAAGCUCAGUGACAAUUUUUGCACCUCCUUAAAGCAUUUCAUUUGGCGCGGUACAAUGUUUCCGGAGAAAAAGAAUACUCUUUUGACGAUUUUCGAAAAUGAGAUUGUUUAUUCUACUUCAGUUGAUGACGUGUCAAUGUGUCGAAAGUGGAAUGAACUACUUUUCCACUCCCCUUAUCUUUAUGCGUGGAAAGCGUGA